AUGGCAUCGAACAGACAAAGUUUUCAGAUCUGGGGAGACUACACUGGACUUUCGAAUACCAUUCCCCAGGGGCAGAGCACGUCUGACGCCCAAAGUUUUCAGAUCUGGGGAGACUACACUGGACUUUCGAAUACCAUUCCCCAGGGGCAGAGCACGUCUGACGCCCAAUCGGAUUCAGCCUCGUCUUCGCACUACACGCUGCACAGUGGGCCACAGCCAGCCUGCAGGAGCGCACCGGAGAUGGAGCGGCGUAGCAUCGGAUUUCUGAUGUCGGAUUCUCCAAGUCAUCACGCCCGCGACGAAAGACGAAUGCAAGCUUUGGCCGUUUGCCAUGCAUCCGACACACGAAGCAGGGCGGCAAUCCCUGAACCGGAAGAGCGAAACCAAAGGCCAACACGUGCCAUGGCACCUGACGUUCGGGAAGCGCCGUCGCAGCGCACGGUCUGCGGAUUCUGCAAACACAACGGCGAAUCAGCGGCGGUGUUUCUUUCUCACCGCCUGAAAAACCAAGCCGGAGAUGUGCUGUGUCCCUAUCUUCGGAAGUACGUCUGUUCGCUCUGCGGCGCAACGGGGGCCCGAGCGCACACCAAGCGUUUCUGUCCCAUGGUAGACCGCGAGUACAGCUCUGUUUACGUCACCCCAGGCAAAUGA